AGUUGUGCUGCUCCAAGUUCCGCCGAUUACCAUACCAUUUUCCUGCCUGCACUGCAGUUAGCUUGUAAGACUCGAACCGGGCGGAGAGCAACGGUUUUUUUGGCCAUCUAAGCCAAAAAUCAACACGCUUGCUCCGUGUCCAACGAACCGGAGAUAGGAGGCAGGAGACCGGAGACAUAGUCAUGCCCAUCCACUGGGACUGGGACUGGGAGCACGAGCACGAGGGUCAUGGGGGCCACUACCAUUGGCCACCGCGACGCCAUUGGUCCACCGGGGAGUCCAAGUGCCGGCAGCGUCGCUACUAUCUUUCCCACGACCUAGAUGUAUGUGCCCGUGACUUUCACCUUCGGAUGGAGGAUAGUGCCUGGUGCCAUGGCUCAUGUCUGGUGGGUCGCGUGGUGAUCGAGACGGGCACGGAACCGGACUCGCUGGGUCGUGGCACCUUCAAGGUGGUCCUCGAUGUGCAUCACUUCCAGAUCUCGGAGCUGACUGUCAAGGCAAAGAACAGUGACACCGUGUGCGUGGAGGGACAGCAGGCGGAUGACCGGGCGGAGAAGGGCCAAUUGUGCAUCACCCGGGAGUUUACGCGAUCCUACAAGUUGCCACGCCACUACGAUGCCACCCAGGCGAGAGCCACCUUCUCCGCGGAUGGUAUACUUAUGAUUACGGUGCCAGCACCACCCAAGCUGGACGACGUGGAGCGCGUGGUGGAGAUCGAGCCGACGGGCAAUUACUUUGGCAGCGUGGCGGAUCCCAGUGCGGCCAAGGCCAUUGAGCAGUCGGUCGACGAAGGCGAUGGUGGCGGGGUUAAUCCUGCUGGCACGGCGGUGGACAAAUGAAGCCGGCGACGUCUGACGGUUGCGCGGGUAUGGAGCCUCCUCUUCCCUUCCUGGAAGCGAUUGCGGAAGCCCAAGCCCAAGGGCGUCUAGGCCGUCAGAGGCAGUCGAUCGGCUGGAAGAGACAGAGAGAGAGAGUAUCAAAAGGAGGAGCACAAACCAGACACUUGCACGUUGGAGUACUUUCCCGAAAAUAGUUACUUGGAUUGUUCUUAUGUUCCCAACCUAGGCAGCACGUAGAAAAUCGUUCGAAACGUGAGCAAAUAUGGCGCGGUCGAUAUUGUUCUAGGAUAAAUCUAAGAUAGCUUCAGAUUAACCUUACCCAUUCGCUUGUGAUUUUGA